AUGGUGACGAAAAGAAACCUAAAAAAUAUUCCUAAAGAAUGGAUUCCUCAAGAUGAAACAAAAUAUGAUUUAGACUGGGCUGAUUUAACUAACAUUGAUAUAAGUACAUUUGACAAGCCGGGUGGAAAAGAAAAGCUAGCAUCCCAGCUAAAAAUAGCUCUUCAUAAAGACGGAUUUUGGACUGUUUCAGGAACUGGGAUCUCUGAAGAAGAAAUGAAUCGCCUGUUUGCACUAGGCGAGUUUUUCUUUAAUAAUUAUUCUGAAGAGGAAAAAAAGUUGCAGGAGGUAAAUUUUGAGGAAGGUAAUUAUUUCGGCUAUAAGAUAAAAGGUAAUAAAAGUGUUUUUGGCACAGAUGUUCCCGAUAAUGUUGAAACGUUUAAUAUUGCCAAAUUUACUAAACAAGGUUUUUUCGAAGAGUUUUUCAAACAAGAUUUUAUCAAAGAAUAUAGAGAAGAGUUGGAAGGUAUUUCGAGAAAGUCAUUCGAAGUUGCUAGGAAAUUGUUUGUUCUAUUUGCUUUGAUAUUAGAAUUAGAUGAAAAUUAUUUUGUAGACAGACAUUUAUAUGAUGACCAAAGUGAUGAUCAUCUUAGAUUCAUGAAGUAUCAUCCUCGUGAAAAAGAGGAGGAUGAUAGAGUGGAAAACACAUGGGCAAGAGGUCACACCGACUUUGGUAGUUUAACCUUACUUUACAAUCAGGUUGUCUCAGGUCUUCAAAUAAGACUUUCAAAUGGCGAGUGGAAAUAUGUUCCUUCAGUUCCAGGCGCAAUAAUAUGCAAUAUCGGGGAUACUCUCAAUUUUUGGAGCGGAGGAUAUUUUAAAUCGACCAUUCAUAGAGUAGUAAGACCCCCUCCUGAUCAGGUUGACGCACCACGUAUUGGGGUUUUCUACUUUGUCCGUCCUGGAGACAAUACAAAAAUAGAAAUUGCUGAAUCGCCUGUUUUAAAAAAUUUGGGCUUAUACAGAAAAAUAAAACCAAUUGUCGGGACGGAUUACGUUCGUAGUAGAGUGAAAGAUUACCAUGACAAGAAAGAUUAUUUAAAACAAAAUAAUGUUAAAUUCAGACUUGGAGAAUUUGAAAUUGAAGAUGGCUUCGAAUAA